CUCAAUCCUCUAGCCAACCGUUUGCGCGGCGGAUGACGGCUAUUUUCUUGUUGGUAUUCACGGAAAGCCUGGUAUGAUACCUCUAUGGCUACAGCUCGAUCUGCCAAUUCCAACUACAUCAAACCCCUUACGGAAAGAACUACCAACAAGAAGGCACACCAGCUCGUCGGCAGGCAUCUUCCCCCCCUCUCAGACUGACUUCGUGUUGACAUCCUGCGAUGGAUGGCAAAGCAAACAACAUUUUCCAAAUUGAAUGACAGGCAGUACCGUUCACUCGGAAUGGUACGACGGUGUAUAAAGCAAGCUGCCGUCGCCCAUGAUUUUAGAGGUUCAACAGCUCCAUCAUCACUUCUGAAUUCACCACCACACAAAUAGUCUACUAUCUACAAUAUAUUUAUCUGCCAGCUUUCCUCAUAUAAAAAGUUCCUCAGCAAGUACAUCGCUUCACGCACAUUCGCCAUUGCCCAAGUCAAUUCAAAAUCUCAAUUCCAAGCUCACGAUACUUCCCCGAACAACCACCGCCAAAAUGUGCACUCAUUACGUUGUCUACAAAAGCUGCAACAGACACUUCGACACCAAGAUAGUCAAAUGUGCUGCUUGCAAAGCGAGUGGAAGUUGCCCAAGUGGACCAAAAAUUGAGACAUCCAAUGCUGGAGAACCAUGCACAAGUGGCUGUCCCUCGUAAAGAAUAUGCCUCCUCGAACCUUUAAACCAUAUUCAAAGGCGGCACCUCGGAAUUCUCCAAUCGUCUCCGACGGGACUAGUCGAGUGGAGCAGGAUAUUUUGUGGGCAUCCGUGCAGAUGAAGGGGUUUGGAGCUAGAGGCGAAUUUAGAACAGGGUCAGAUAUCUAAGGGACAAAGAUUGGUCAUGAAUCGCUGCUGUAAUCAUACAAGCAUACUUGGGAGUUCAUGGGACAAUAUCUCAUUGUGUUGUUACUUUUGGGGGGUUUUCGUUCUGCUGUGGUAGAUUUUUAGUCGACA